AUGGAGCAGGAGGGUGUGCCUAAAUGCGAUGAGACUUCAAAGGCUGCGGCGCCGGAGAAGGAGGAGCAGGAUGUUCCGAAGAUGAGUGCACAGGAAUUUAGGGUGUAUAACCGGAUGGCGGAGCAUAUGGAUUAUUUCCACGAAAACUUCCGCCAAUCCUGGAACCUCCUCUACGACGCCUGCAAAUCCAACAAACGACCACAAGGGAUGUCAAUCCGGUCUUUCCUCUCCGUCGGCGAGCAAUUCGCGCACCACCUCACCAUCCACCACACCAUAGAGGAGGAACACAUCUUUCCCGUGCUCGCGCGAAAAAUGCCGGCCUUCAAAGCGGAACUGGAGCUGCUCACGCAGCAUAAGCAGAUACACAAAGGUUUGGAUAAAUUCGAGCUUUAUCUGAAGCAGUGUCGGAGUGGAGAGAAGGAGUUGAGGUUGGAGGAGCUGAAGGGAGUGAUGGAGACGUUUGGGACGGUGUUAUGGCAGCAUCUGGAUGAUGAGGUGAAGCAGUUGCGGGCGGAGAAUAUGAGGAAGUAUUGGAGUGUGGAUGAGAUGAGGAGGAUGCCGAUGUAA